AUGCGCCGGCUUUCAGGUUUGUCGGCGCUGCUGACGGCGCCCUGGAUCCUCUCCUUCACUUCCGCCGCAGACCUCCUCUCCCGCCGCGAUCUCCAACCUUUACCGCUCUCCGUCCACGAUCGGUACAUCGUCGACUCCAAGAACGCGACCGUCGCCAUGGUCGGCGUCAACUGGGCGGGCCACGAGCGCGCCAUGAUUCCGGAGGGCCUGCAGUACCAGUCCGUCGAGCACAUCGUGCGCCGGAUCGCCGAGACGGGCUUCAACUCGGUCCGCCUGACCUUUGCGAGCGAGAUGGUGGACGACAUCGUCGAGCGGGGCGGCGACGUCUCGCUGAAGACGACGCUGCAGAACGCCCUCGGCCCGGAGAACGGCACCGCCGUUAUGGCGCAGAUCAUCAAGAACAACCCGGCCUUUGGCGAGGGCACGAGGCGGCUCGAGAUCUGGGACGCCGUCGCCGCGGAGCUUGCCCGCCAGAAGCUGUACCUCCACCUUGACAACCACGUGUCCAAGGCCGGAUGGUGUUGUAACCCCUACGACGGGAACGGUUGGUUCGGUGACACCAACUUUAACACAUCCAACUGGGUUCGGAGCUUGUCUUUCAUGGCUGAACACGGCAAAGCCGCCAACUGGCCGUCCUUCUCCAGCAUCGGCCUCCGCAACGAGCUGCGCGACCCCUUCUCCGGCUCCCCGCCCGCGAGCCUCGAGAACACGACGUGGACGACGUGGAAGACGCGCAUGGUCCAGGCCGCCAACGCCGUCCACGCCGCCAACCCGGACCUGCUCAUCUUCUUCAGCGGCCGCAUCUUCGACUUUGACAUCUCGGCCCCCGUACAGGGCCGCUUCGGCAGCGAGCCCGACUUCGGCUUCGCCCUCGCCGAGCUGCCCUUCCGUCACAAGUUCGUCUUCGAGCAGCACCAGUACGACCAGGGCCUCGUCGACGACGCCUGCGCCAACUACCGCGACAUCCUGACGGCCUUCGGGUCCAACGCCAUGACCAUCGCCGACGCGGGGUCGAACCGCGCGCCCUUGGUCAUGUCGGAAUGGGGCCACGACCAGGCCGACGAGAGCGGCAUGUUCAAGGACAAGUUCCGCCGGUGCCUGAUGGACUUCAUGGUCGACCAGCAGAUGAGCUGGAUGGUCUGGGUCAUGGGCGGGAGCUAUUACACGCGCGAGGGCGUGCAGGACAGGGACGAGCCUUGGGGUGAGUUUGAAUGCAGUGUUGUUUAUUAUUCUUUUUUUUUUGUACCGAAAAGGUCCGCGACGAGCGAGCGAGAGACAUUUUCUGAUGAGUUGAGUGACACAGGUCUGCUCGACCACACUUGGAGUUCGUACCGCGGUAAAGACUCCAUCAAGCAGCUCCAACACGACAUGCAGAGGACGUACGAAGCCUUCCACCAGAACAUGCCGGCAGCGGCCAAGAGCCCGGAGAACCGGCCAAAGAACGCCGCGUCGGGCGUCUUGUACCACUUGUCAUCGGCUGCGGUACUGGGCACAACCGCUGCCGUGGUCUUGAUGGGAGUAUAUGGGCUGUAAUGAGCAUGGAGCGAGCAACAAGGGGUCUCCGGAAACACAUGGCAUCUCAUUUGGGAAACUUCUAUGAUAGGCUUCUUGAGCACAUUGACACAACCAGUUGACAGAGAAACCCGUUGCUAACGAUGAGUCGCUGUCUCUGAUAUCCUGUUCGGAUUGUAUUCCAUCAGUUGACAAGACGUAAAAUAAUAUCAUAAUCCCGUCUCGUCUUUCACAGAAAGAAACAUGGCCCUUGUUUCCUCCAUCCAUCCAACUCACUCACU